AUGCAUCGUCUUUUUGCUGAGCUGGAGCCAUCUUUAAUCGUCACAGAGCAAAACCUGGCAGACCGAGUUCGGUAUAUCUUGCGCUCAAAUAUAUUUGAUGUCGCCGAACUCGAACGGCUACGACGUGAGGCUGUUCCCUCGUCGGAUGAGAAUGCUACGGCUGAGGAUGCGGCGCCACAAAUGGUAGAGCAACCCGCAAACGUGGAUGCCGCCGUGAAUACCCCAGUUGUGGUUGAUUCAAACGAUGAUGGAACAGUCGCCCAGGAACUGGAAUUAGAGUAUAUGAGGAGUAUAUUGGAAGAGGCGAUUGUGGAAACGCGCAGUACGCCCUCUCGAAAAUCGACCGCGACUUCCCCGCAUAGCCCUAAGCAAGCGGAAUCGGGCUGUCGUGAGGGCUCUGAACCCAAUGCUGGUUACCUAUUUGGAAGCCAGCCGGGACCUUUGCGAGACGGACUCAAUUCUUUUUGGCGCCGCGCUGGCAGUCUGCCGUAUCAUAGGCGCCAAGGUUUCCACGGCUGGACGCGCUACUGGCCAUAG